AUGACGAAUUCGACGGGUAGUGUGGGGAACCCAUACAAGUGUUUUUAUGGACCAGUGAUGUGUCUGUCUAUUUUGAUUUACCUUUUCAUCUACAAGGAGGGAGCCGGGCAAACCAUACCAGAAUGGGAAUUUCCAGAAGCCUCACCUCUCUUUAAGCUUUUGCCAGAAGAGAAAUACAAAUCCAUGUUCCUGUAUAAUGACAUUUGGCUAGGUCCAAAGAAUUACUGUGAAUGUGUCAAAAAGGACAAACUGCAGGUCUAUCAAUUGGAUAGUUAUAUUGACAAGGACAAACUUGCUUCGGUCACAAAAAGACGUGAGAAAGAAUUCAAGAAUGAUCAGAGAAGAUAUUCUUAUCAGAAAAAAGAUGUCCUUGUUGCUCAACCAAACGUCCCCUUAAGCUACCCCAUUCAAGGAGCUGAAGUGAUGCCUUUGCACACCAUUGUCAUCCCAGGGCUUAGUUUCCAUGGAGAAAAUACUGAGAAACAGAAGGUGACCCUAGAGGCAUCCUUUGGUACUUUAGACACACUUGCCGAUGUUCCCCAAGACAUAAUGAAUGGGCGAGGAAAGAAAAAACUGAUCAUCUCUACUGCUCAUGUGGACCUGUUAAACCACAUCUUGAAGCAUGUCACAUACACUAGUACAGAGUACUUACUAGACACAGUGGACUUUGUGAACUUUACAACAGGGGAUCACCAUGUGCGGUUUCCUGUGACUAUCCGGCAGCCAUACAUGCCGAAGCUGUUUGAUCCAGGGCCAGAUAACAAUAUCCGUGAUUUAGUGACCAUCACAACUAAGACUUUCCUCCGUUACCACAAGCUGCGGAUCCUGAUCAAGAGCAUCAGGAAAUUUUAUCCAGAUAUAACCAUCAUUGUGGCAGAUGACAGCGAACAUCCGGAGAAGAUUGAAGAACCCAAUGUCGAACAUUUCAUCAUGCCAUUUGCAAAGGGUUGGUUUGCAGGAAGAAAUCUUGCUAUCUCUCAGGUCACAACAAAAUACUACCUUUGGGUGGAUGAUGACUUCUUGUUCACUGAGCAAACCAAGAUUGAGGAAUUUGUGGCUGUGUUGGAGAACACCAACUUGGAUGUGGUUGGUGGUGCUGUUCAAGGAAAUGAUUACAAGUUCCGGGUCAUUUAUGAGGAAGGAGAAGACAGCAGCUGUGUACACCUCAGAUUUGGCUCUUAUCAUCGCUUAGAAGGCUUUCCUCAUUGCGUGGUCGCCAAUGGUGUGGUCAACUUCUUCCUUGCUCGUACAGAGGAAAGCAGAUGUGUUGGGUUUGAUCCAAAGCUGCUGAGGGUGGCUCACUCCGAAUAUUUUGUAGAUGGACUGGGGCGUUUACGGGUCGGUUCCUGCAAUCAUGUGAGUGUGGGUCACCAACCUCAUGAUACUGCAAAGGAUUUGGAGGAGCGUAAGGCUGAACAGACAUACAGUAAAUUCCGGGCCAACACAGAGACUCAGGUCCAUUUUAAACUAGCUUUGCAAUUCUUCAAGAACAGGAUGAAAUGCUUCUCACAGGGAUGACUGCUCUCUUUCAAUGUCGCUUUCCCUUACCUGUCGCCCCAGGUGAAGUUUCUUUAUGGCCUUGGACUGGACUCAAAAGGCCAUAGUUUGGUUUUACAGCCACAGGUUGGCCUUGGAAUUAUAAAACCAUGGAAUUAAAAAGGAAGUUCUGAUACACCUCACUUUUAAGGUACUGCUGAGAACAUUUAGGGGAAGGACUUCUUCCUCCAAAAUUACAGGUUUUGCAAAUCUUGGUGUUCUUCCACACCUGUGUCCAACCUCACUCUUGAAUAUGGUCGUAAUUGUUUUCAAUACAGAAGGACUGACAUUCAAAGAAUUGAAAUCACUGUCUGUAUAAAUGAUGAAUAAUGUCAUUUGAACUUAAAGGAAAUGAUUCACCGUGUUCAUAUGUAUAUCAACAGUGUGUUUACAUAAGCUUGUGCAAGCGGACUUCUUCAUUAUGACCCUACUUUCCCAAA